AUGUCUUUCCUCGGAUAUUAUACUGAAAAGCCAAAGGUUACAAGAUUUCCAACCUUCCAGAGUCAAUCAACUGGUCCUCAAAGCCCAAGAACUCCACCUGCAAAUGUCAGAUGGUCGAGUACAUCUAACAAAAGAGCCGCACCCAGCAAGAGUGAAUUCCAUGAGGAUGUUCCCAACUAUCAUGAACGUCCUUGCUUAGCCCCCAGUAAUGAUCCUUUUGUCACCCCCCAAAACUUUGAUGAAUAUGGAGCAGAACUUGACGCCAACGCAAGGGUCUGGAAAACCUAUGUAAAAGAAUCAGAUGAGUUUGACAUGGAUUUAGUGGAUGGCUGGAAUAGAUUUGUGCUUGAGAGCUCAAAGCUACUGCAAGAAGAUCCGGCUGAUGCAACAGCCCAAACCUUGGAAACAAUAUCCCAGACUCUACUUUUCAUAGCUCAUGGAAAUGAGUCUAUAGCUGCGCAAUCAACUGGCUUGGAGGCUUUGGAUAUAGAUAACAAAGAAUUUGUUCCUGAUCCUGUGGCUGUAUGCAUCAAUGUGCUCUGGUUUCUCUCACUUGCACUCAGUGUGGCCGCAUCCUUGACAACUGUGCCUACAGGCAAGAAGGCGGCAACAGCGCUGGGACGCAAUGGUGAAGUGGAAGAUGCCAGAGUUGUUAAUGUUUCUUCUGUCAUUAAUGCAUAUGUCUCUUUGUAA